GCUGUACUUUACGACAACAAUUGAAUACCAUUGACCAAUCAAAAGUCUGCUAAAUAAAGGGAGGACGGUCGCAAAGCAACCCGUCUUUAUCUUCUCGUGACCCAGGCGCUAAGCUAGGAUGGGAAUUCACAUUCCAGUGUUGUAUAUAGUUCUAUGGCUUAAUUUACACCGUAGAAACUCUUGAUACCAAGGGUAUCAAGCUAAUGCGGACUAAGCGUUAGAUACAUUUCUGUUUACAUCGACCGUGUUAAAUCAUAUUAGUGAUUUUUUCAAGACGUUUUUCAAUUUCGAUUACGCAUACAAUGGGUAUGUAUCAAGCCAAUCAGACAACACAUUAAGAAUGCAUUUGAUACGCGUAUCAACUUAGUCUGAUACAGGCUGUUCUCGAGUAUCGUACCAUUCUGAUACUCCGUUGUUUACAUCGAUCGUACCAAUGGAUUUAGUCCUAAUAUAAUACUUGGUAUGCGUAUCAAAUGCUUGGUGUAAACAAGAUUUACACGCUUAAACUUAAGACGCCCUGGUAAAAAUUACCGUUAGAAACGAAAAGAAACGUAUAGUAAAACAGUCAGAAACGGAUAGAAUGCAUGUUCUAUUACUAUGACGUUUUACUAUGCGUUUCUUUCCGUUUCUAACGGUAAUUUUUACCAGGGCGGUAUAUAAUCAUAUGUGUAUGCUGGAUAUUCACUUGUCGCUGCCUAUGCAUAUUGAGUUUUUAUUUGUAUAUUCGAUUUCAUGUACAAUUAAAAUUUUAAAGCAAAAAAAUCAUUAACAAGAAUUCAUAGCAAAAUCAAAAGGCUGAUAAUUGCGAUCAUAUCCAAAAUUAAACUAUAUACGGGUCCAGAAGUUAAUUUUAACACACAUCUAGUGCGACACUUUAUUUCAAAGUAUUUAACCUUUUUGCUAUGGUGGCGUUGGCCGAAUAGCGAUUAUGAGGUACGGCAGCAUAAGCCGCCAGCACUGUUUUAACUUGUUGCAUUAAAGAUAUAUAAUUUUUCAAGCACAAAAGUAAAACGGGAUUUACAUAAGUACAAAAUUAUAUUUUAAAAUUAUAUUUCAUUAUUAUUUUAAACUUCGUAUUUAAUAUACGCUACAAGCAAAGUUAGUACCAAUACGGCUAUGCCGGCUAUAGAGCCGGCGCUAGUAUCUACGAAUGUCACAUGGAUGCCGGCUACAGACAACAUUAUAGGAGCAAAAAGGUUAAUGCUUAUGGGAAAUAAGGAUGACAUUUAGUAAAAAAUGCCGAGUAGGUUGGUUGUGCUAAGAACAAUAUUUAUACAAAAUGCAAAUACGUAUUGUAAAGUACUCAAUGUACGUUGUUCCAUAGAAUAGAUUUUUAAAUUAAAGUGAUAAAUAAAUACGACUUGGAGAUUCUUCACGAAUUUACAAUUUAGAUGAAACGAAAACCAUGACAGUUCAAAAUAGUGGAAAGAUAAUUGCUGAAAAAAGUUUCAAAGCUGUGUGUAAAAUCAAAAGUGUGGAAAAGGGAGUUCUUGUUACAACAUGUUGCAUUGCCCGUGCUGAUGGAAACUAUAUAUUUACCACCUGUUUUGAUAUUUCCUCGGAUGAAUUACCGCGAUCACAUGCUGACUGGUGCUCCGCCUAACUCGAUGGGUCUGGCCAAUCCAUCAGGCUGGAUGACCAAUAAACUUUUUGUUAAAACAAUACAGCAUUUUAUACAAUUUUUAUACAGCACGAAGGAUAACUUAUCACUUUUGAUCUAUGACAACCAUAAGAGUCAAAUAAGUUUAGAAGUCCUUGAGUUAGCAAAAGCAAAUGGUGUCUACUCUGUCUACAUUUUAACGCUACCUCCGCAUUUAUCACACCGGAUACAGCGCCUUGAUGUUGGUCUAUACGGUCCAUUCCAGAAGUUUUACAAUUCUGCUAUUGAUUCAUGGAUGCUGAGUCACCCGGGCAAAACAGUAUCAAUUUAUGAAGUAGCUAAUUUUGUCGGCAUAGCCUUACCACGCGCUAUGGCACCAAAUAACAUUAACAAUGCUUUUAAAAAGACAAGAAUUUUUCCUUAGGACCCACAUGCAUUCAGCGAUGAAGAUUUUAAUUUUGGAACGGCCUUUCCAUCAAGUGUGACAACAGAGGAAACUGACAACGUAGCAGGUCCAUCACAAUCUUCUUUACAAUAAGUAAAUGCUGUAGCAAACGACUCAUCAGGCACGCCAUCGAGAAUGUCUGUAGCAAAUGAUUCAUCAGGCACGCCAUCAAAGAUAUUAAUAGAUAAAGAUUUACAGUCAACGGCACAAGAAAAAGAAGCAGCUGACGAGGUCCCAAGCCAGUUUAAAAGUCCCGCAGAAAUUAGAGGCUAUCCAAAGGCAAUACAAACGAGAAUGUCGCGGAAAUUGAACGGCACGUCGUCGUCGUCGUCGGGCAGGUUAAUUCAAAUGGAUCCUAAUGUCGUGCCGCCUCGCAAACGCAUCCUGCGAGAGCUAGAGAGAGUCUCGUUGGAGGAUCAGGCGUCCAAGAGGCAUCAGUAUGGAACUAGAAAACGUAGACAGCAGGGUAGCAGCAAAAUUUUUACUGAUUCUUUGGAGAAAAAAAACUUAGUAGAAAAAAAGAAAAAACAAGAAGAAAUGGAAAAUAAGACACGAAAGAGAAAACCAAAAAAAUAAUAAUAUUUCAAUAGUGGGUAGUUCGGAUAUCUUGUCUGUCCUGUAAAAUCUUGAACAGUGUGAUAAAAAAUAUAUAAAAUAAAAUAUAUUUUCAACUUUUGUGUAACAUUUUGUUCUA